AUGGACUAUUCUUACGAGCCUCUGCCGCCCAUCAAUGAGGUUGGCCAGACUCCUUCAUUCACACGCCUUAUGUUACUCGCUCCCGGUAUCGGUGAUCAUCCACUGGAAUGCAGCUUGAUCGUGAUUGAUCCGGCGAAUAGCCCUCUGCAAUAUGAGGCAUUGUCUUAUGUUUGGGGGACUGAAAGAGCGCCGACGCCAAUUAGAUGUGGCAAUGGAAUCAUUGGAAUUACACUAAACUUGGAGCGAGCUCUGAAGGAUCUGCGAGUGCCGCAUCAGACACGGCCACUAUGGGUAGACGCUCUUUGCACCAACCAGAAGGAUCUGGAUGAACGUGCACGACAAGUCGCGUACAUGAGACAAGUCUAUAAACAUGCUCGCAGGGUCGUUGUGUGGUUGGGACCAUUGGAUGGCAUUCGUAGCCGAGCGAUCAUGCGGGCUCAGGAAUUAUGUGCUUUCCGUGCGAUGCUGAUGGAGACCACAUUUCCGGAUUCGAAUCAUGUUGGCGAGUCCCCCUCGGUAACGCCCGAGAUUGAAGUUAUUUUGCUGGAUGCCUUGAACGCCGAAUCAGAACAUGCGUCGGCGGAAGCACUAAUGCAGCUUUUCGAGAGCGAUUACUUCAAACGCGUGUGGUGCAUCCAGGAGGUCGUGGCAUCGCGUUCCGCCAUUGCGAAAAGCGGUGAUAUGGAAAUGGAUUUUUAUGAGCUCUUAUCCAUCAUCAAACUCAUCCUCACGAAGCAGAUCGUUGAUCGUCGUGGACCGGCCUUCCCACCCAACACUUUGCAGUUCUGGGUUACGGUGCUUAUCCAACGAGACCGUUCGUAUUACCCAAACGCUCUGAAGGUCGAAAACUCCUUGGGCAAGAUGCUCAAUGUCCUCAUGGGUAUACGAGAUUUUCAGUCCACAGAUCCUAGGGAUCGGUUGUUUGCUAUCUUAGGUAUCACAGACGAGGGUCUCCAGCCAGUCCUUGCCAACAUGGAAGUUAUGGGUCGGCCCAAUGCGAAAAGGUUGGGCAUGAUGCACAAAGCUGUCGCUUGGGUUGCUGACAAAGCGAACUCAAGCAGACCGGGUAUAGAUUUCGGUCGGAACCCAGCUUUGAAGCCCUGUUAUACCAAACCGGCGAUGGAAAUAUACCGAAACUUCACUCGAUAUAUGGUCCGUAAGCAACCACGUUUACUGGACAUUCUGUCACAUGUUCAACACACAAAAGACCCCAAUGGAGAGCCGUAUCCAUCCUGGGUGCCAAAGUUUGACACUCCCAGAUCUGUUAGCUAUUUCCCGCAACAGCUCUACCUGGCUGGGGUGCCUUAUACGGGCCAUUAUCGCUAUUUCGCGGAGUUACAUGACUGCCCAUUGAGGGGCGAAGCGGUGGAGCCGAAUGUAUUGCAACUGGAUGGAUUCAUAUUCGACCAAGUGGUUGCAGUAACAGCGCCGACCAACUAUACACUCCAUGAUGAUACACCAGUGGAGAAUAUGUGGAGCCAACUUUUUGGGGUGCCGCUGUUUCCUCGGUCCGGGUUGCGAUACGCGGAUGGGAAAGAGCAAGCUGAUGCCGCCUUCUUUGCCACCCUAUCGGCUGGAGCAUUCGGACCCGCGCUCAAUUUGAGCGACCAAAUCCGCAAAGCCGGAUUGGAACAUGAGAGGCUUGAAAGCAUCGAAUAUUUGACUCAGCUCGGCAGAAACAACAUUGUGCGCUGGCUGUUUCAAUCGCGUGGAUAUCCGGUCAGCACAUACCAAGACCUACUACCUUCAGGCGUAUCGAAUUUUGAGCAAGCCAUGGGCGAUGCCGACAGCUACCACCGUGGUUCCUGGAGUAUGCUCCUCAACAGAAGGCUGUACCGUACCCGCGCGGGCUGGCUCGGACUUGGACCGAACGCUAUGAGAGAUGGGGAUAUCCUGGUCGUGCUAUAUGGGGGCAGCCUGCCGUUCGUACUCAGACCUACCGGCGACGACUGGCUGUAUAUAGGAGACACGUAUGUGCACAACUCGGAUCUGAUGAACGGUCAUCUUGUGGACAGGGUGCGAAGAGGUCAAAGAAGCCAUCAUCCAAUGACGUUCAGGCUUGUAUGAGACUUGUCGUCGUGACUCGUCAUCAUAUCUUCUGCGAUAUAAAUCGCACAAUCCACUUCAUACUUGUGUAUGAGAGACGCAUCGGCUGUUGAUAGUUUGAUGGACCGGAGUAAACAGAGGGAUGAAAACUGUGGGUCUGUCAACAGUUCAUCGCAAUAACUGGCGUCUACGUUCAUUCAAUCAAUCGAAUAGUCGAAUCUGCCCAAGCCAUCGAUACAGAAAUUCGAAGUCGCAUUAACUUAGACAUGAACUGACGCAACUCUAUUACCCCAUGUUAUCCACUAUUGGUCUAUUGGCUGUUCUAUUAAGACUCAACUGGCCGACUUCAGUGGUUUCGAGGUUAUUCCAUCUCAUACUAGCGGAGGCCUAUCCGGAA